UCCAGAAACAUGACCCCUGGACUGUAUCCAGGCCUUCUCCUGUUGCUGCUCCUCCCUGGCUCGGAGGAGACCUGCCCAUCUAUUUGCCUCUGUGUAUCUGAUGCAGUUAUCUGUAGCUCCAGUGGUCUCUCCAAGCUACCUCUGUCAGUGCCCUCCUUCUCAACGACCCUUGACCUCAGCCACAACCAUUUGUCCUGGUUGGGUCCGGGCAGCUUUAAACGGAUGCCCAGGCUGGAAAACCUCCGGAUGGCCCACAACCAGCUCAGCUCCAUGGGCAUCGGGGUGUUUCACAAUGCUUCUGGCCUGAGGCACCUUGACUUGUCUUCGAACAAGCUGCAGGUGGUGGAGCAACACUACUUUCAGGGGCUGUGGAGGCUGGAGGAGCUCCUUCUUUACAAUAACAAGAUUGCACAGGUGGAGUCCAGCACACUGAUUGGUCUGAGCAGCUUAAAGAAGGCCUACUUCAGCCUCAACCAGAUCACACACUUCCCGUUCUUCUCCAUCCAAGACCACAGUCAUCCUUUCCUUACCAUGCUAGACCUCUCAUCCAACCGGAUGUCGCGUCUGCCGUGGGAGGACGUAAAAGCUUUGCCCAGGUUGGUGCAGCGCGGGCUAUACCUCCAUAACAACUCGCUGAUCUGCGACUGCUCAAUGUACAGUGUCUUCUGGCAUUGGGAUCUGAGAGGGUAUGAGUCUCUGAAGGACUUCACGGAUGAGCACACUUGCACCAUCCUUGGGGACCAACGAGGGUCCAUUCGAUUCCUCCGAUAUACACGCUUCUUCCAAAAUUGCUCAAUGGAAAAAGCUGUCUCGCAGCCGUUGACCGUGCUACUCUCCAACGUCUUGGUUUCAGAGGGACGAAGAGUGCGUCUAGACUGCCAAACAUCCCUGAGCAGCACAGAUCUCUCAUUUACAUGGCUCUCCCCCAGCAAGGGGUACAUCACCGAGGACAGCAUUAAUGACACACUAAUUAGCCUAUUUCCAAAUGGUACCUUGGAGAUUCAAGCAGCCAAGGUCAAUGACUCAGGCUUGUACGUGUGCACAGCCGUGGAUAUUAAACAGGCACUGAAUGCAACCCGGGAGGUGAAUGUGACAGUGCUUCUGCCUGCAGCUGAGUCCUUUAACACUGGUUACACAACGUUGCUAGGCUGUGUGGUGACCAUGAUCUCCAUCCUUGUCUACCUCUACCUGACUCCUUGUCGCUGUAGCUGCUGCAAACAGCCAAAACCUCCAGUUAUCCCCAUCGCAACUUAUGAUCCCAGCACCCUGACUUCUGUCUUCAGCCCCUCUGCAAGAGACCAGUCCAAAAUUCAAACUAACAAGCACGUAGCAUUUAUGGAGCCGAUGUUAAGUGAGGAAGGAACACAGUGGACACUUGAAAGUUGAUG